GAAAAUGGGCCCUCGCCUCAAGAGAGGAGUGUCAAUUGUACCUAUCGCUAGACAGCGGAGAAUGCGAGUAUAGACUUUUCUUUGCUAUUUAGAGACAAAACGUUUGUUACCUUAUAUAUUAUGCGAUAUCGCUCAGCGCUGCGCUGAACAAGAGACAGCAACGUGGUAGUCAUUGUUGUCUAAUUCUUUCGAUGGCUCAUCUGCUGAACAACAACAUUUUUGCCUCCAUUCGCACGCCGUGGGCCCGCUUACCGGAAGAUGAUGCGAAGGACGAAAAAGCUGGCGGCAAAUCGCUCGAGAGCGCCGAGGUGCCGAACACGUUCGAGGCUAUUUUGGCCAACCGAGUUGACAUGCUCGACAAGCUCCUAGACACGCGGGUCCAGGAAUACAUAGUGAGGAUGAAAUCCAGGGACUGCCUCGAGAGGACGCCCCUGUAUUACGCGUGUUACAUUGGCAGUUUGGAGAUAGCGAACAAGCUCAUCAAGACGGCGGCCGUCGACAUAGACGCGCCGGAAUUCACUGGCAAGACGCCGUUGUACAUUGCCUCCUACUGCGGGCACAAAGAGAUAGUGGAGUGCUUGCUGAGUGUCGACGCGAACGUGAACGUGAAGGAGCGGAUUUUCGGCUGGACGCCCAUGUUCGGGGCGGUUUGGUCCGGACACGUCGAGGUAGUGGAGAUGCUGAUUGAGGCGAAGAGCUCGUUGAUGCAUCGAGACAAAAAUGGGAGAAGUUCGCUGUUUUUGGCGGCCCAGCAGUGCAAGGUGGAGUUGAUUGACCUGCUGUUGUCUAAGAGGGGCACCUUGCUCGACGAUGUGGACGACUUUGGCAGGACGUCUCUAUACAUCGCGACGCAAAUUGGGUGCCUGGGUUCGGUGAAGCGGUUGCUGCACCACGGGGCCAACACAGAGAUCGCGGACAAAGACGGACGAAAGCCGUUGUACGUGGCUCGGAAGUUGGGCUUCGACGCCGUGACCAAGGCACUGAUUGAGGCCAACGCGGACGCACUCAAGGUGACCAUAGACCGAUUUCAGGCCAAUGGACUGGAGACCGAGCCGUGCAGAGGGGAGUUCAUCACCUUUCUGGGCAUGCCGCUUCGCGUGAAGGUGGAUUCGAUGUGCGAGGAAAACAGCAGGAUCUGGGGCGGCUGCAGCGAUGGAACACUGAUUGUUUGGGACAAGCACACUCUCUCUCAACUUGCAUGUUACCCGAACGCUCAGAGCGGCCUUAUCCACAGCAUGGUUUGUUCCAACGAAGACAGAGUCUGGUCCCUGUCGUCGAACCUGGAGAUCUACGUGUGGUGCUGGGACGAGAAAGCGGGGAGCUCGGAGGGCGACUGCGCUAUCAAGUUAGUCGAGAAUUUUUCGCAGGGAAGCCAGGAAAUUUUGUGUUUGUGCAGGUACGAGGACAUGGUGAUCAGCGGAUCUUACAACUCGAUUUUUGUUUGGGAAAGUCGUUCGGCGUUCAUAUGCCGAGAAGUCAGACUGAACGCCGCGGCCGACAUAGACGAUCCACGCCUGAAGGAUUACGAUAUAGUCGUUAGCAAAAUUUUGUGUCAUGGGAGCUGCCUGUAUUGCGUCAUCAAGAAUUACAUUGUCUGCUACGAGAUGACAAGUCCAGACGAGCUCAAGUGCGUCGGCGUAUUCAGCGGACACGACAAUUUGGUUACCGACCUGGCGAUCGUCGACGAUUGCCUUUGGACGUCCAGCCGCGACAAUUCGAUCCGCGUGUGGGACGUCAAGACGAGCGAGUGCAUAAUGAAAUUUGGAGACGCUGGAGCCGGUGAGGUGAGCUCGCUCUGCCGGACUCGCGACCGGCAAAUUCUGAGUGGAGAGGAGGACGGGCAUAUUCGCUCGUGGGACACUAAGGACCUGAUUUGGAAGCGAACGUUUCCUCACAGACACGAAAACAGGUUGGUUUCGUGCAUGCACUGGUGCGACGACUCCUCGACCCUGUGGGUAGGGUGCUUAGACAAGCAGGUCAGCUGUUGGAGAUGAGCGGCGCUGCGGAGUUUGGCGCGCACGCGUUUCGCGUAUCGUCACAGCGACGAGGGAAACAACGCCUCGGCGGGUGGUCCUCGACGAACGCGAGGGCGCGAGAAAGCGCCGCGCGGAGAAGGACGCGCGUCCACCUCUCGCACAGAGAGCAGGGUGCGCCGCACUCGAUCUGCCGGGACGCGUGUGUAUGGAAAGCGCGACCGAGAAAAAAAAAAGUACACUGUGCGCCAUCGUCGUCCGCGCCCUUUUGAAGGGGAGGAGGAAUGCGCUGUAUGGUGGUGUGCGUCAGAUUAAUAGAGAAUAGCGUAGAGGGGAGGGAGGGAGACUUGUACGCUACUGCCCGCCUCCUG